AGCUCUCUCUGGCCUUCUGCCAGCAGCUGGUGCGCAGCAUGGCCCACUUCCAGAGCCAGGGCAGCCAGGAGCCCGAGCUGCGCCUCUAUGUGUCUCAGGUCACCCAAGUCAGUAGUCUCCUGCGCAGCAUUUGGAAGGCCGAGCCCGACACCUUGUUGCCCUCCCUGCAGGAGCUUUUCGCGGUCAUCUCCUCCACAGAUACUUCAUUUGAGCCUUCUGUUGCACUGGCAAGCCUUGUGCAGCAUAUCCCAUUACAGAUGAUUACAGUACUCAUCAGGAGCCUUACCACAGAUCCAAAUGUAAAAGAUGCAAGUAUGACUCAAGCUCUCUGCAGAAUGAUAGAUUGGCUGUCUUGGCCUCUGGCUCAGCAUGUGGAAACAUGGGUGAUUGCUUUGCUGAAAGGUCUAGCUGCAGUCCAGAAAUUCACUAUUCUCAUCGAUGUUACUCUACUUAAGAUAGAACUGGUUUUUAAUCGACUUUGGUUUCCUCUUGUGAGGCCUGGAGCUCUGGCUGUUCUUUCUCAUAUGCUGCUUAGUUUUCAGCAUUCUCCAGAAGCUUUUCACUUGGAAUUGCCCAAACCCAGUGAAGAGAAGAUUAAGUUGAUUCUCAAUCAAAGUGCCUGGACUUCUCAAUCCAGUUCUUUGCCAUCUUGUUUGUUUAGACUUUCUGGAAAAUCUGAAACUGGGAAAACAGGUCUAAUUAACCUAGGAAAUACGUGUUAUAUGAACAGUGUUAUUCAAGCACUUUUUAUGGCUACAGAUUUCAGGAGACAUGUAUUAUCUUUGAAUCUGAAUGGGUGCAAUUCACUAAUGAGAAAAUUACAGCAUCUCUUUGCUUUUUUGGCUCAUACUCAGAGGGAGGCAUAUGCACCUCGGAUUUUCUUUGAGGCUUCCAGGCCGCCAUGGUUUACUCCUAGAUCCCAGCAAGACUGCUCAGAAUAUCUCAGGUUUCUGCUAGAGAGACUGCACGAAGAAGAGAGAACCUUGAAAGCUUUGUCUUCAGCAAAGCCAUCUGAGAAUAUGAUGAAUGAUGAAUCCUUGGCACAAGAAACUGCCAACAAGGCACAAGUGUUUACUGAGGGACCUUGCACAAGCGGUGAAGAAAGAACAUUGAUAGAGAAAAUGUUUGGAGGGAAACUACAGACUAGUAUAUGCUGUUUGAACUGCAAAAGUACUUCUCAAAAGGAAGAAGCCUUCACAGAUCUAUCAUUAGCUUUUUGUCCUCCCAGUUUCUUGGAAAAUGUUGACAUGAAAAGCAUAACACAUUCUUCUGAAGUGAAAGAUGAUUGCAUGGUGCAAACAAGUAUUGUAGCAUCUAGUCCUGUUGAAGAAUUAGCACUUGAUAAUUCUCUUGCAGUAAAUGAUGGCUGUGAAACAGUUAUCAAUGAAGGAAUUCUAAAUAAUAUUACAGAUACUGAUCUGUACCAAGUUCAGGAUAGUAAGAACAUGUCUCAGAAAUCAGUAAGUGAAAAUACUCCCUCAGUUACUGACUUGCUGAAUUAUUUUCUGGCACCUGAGAUUCUAAAUGGAGACAACAAAUAUUAUUGUGAAAAAUGUGCCUCUCUACAGAACGCAGAGAAAAUUAUGCAUAUCAUGGAGGAACCUGAAUACCUCAUUCUCACUCUCCUCAGAUUUUCAUAUGAUCCAAAGUGUCAUAUAAGGCGCAAAAUCCUGGACAAUGUGUCUCUACCACUUAUUUUGGAAUUACCAGUCAAAAGAACUGCACCCUCUUUAGGCGUGGUAUCAAGGGGCUGGUCUGUGGAUAUUGAAUUCUCUGACACUGGAGAAAAUCUUGCUAAAAAACUGAAGCCCUCACGGGCUGAAGAAGUAUGCUGCCCUGAAUUGGUACCCUAUGUUUUAAGUUCUGUUGUGGUGCACUCUGGUGUAUCUUCUGAAAGUGGGCAUUAUUAUUCUUAUGCCAGAAAUAUCACUGGUUCAGGGCCCUCCUUAGGACUGUGCCAUCAAUCAAAAACUAUGGCUUUAGCUUCCCACAGCAGUUUUUUGGCAGGGGAGCUUUCUCAUGCAGUUUUAGAAAAUGACAUGGGUGCUAAUGAGAUGUCAAAAGAGUGGUUUCUAUUUAAUGACAGCAGAGUGACAUUUACCUCAUUUCAGUCUGUCCAGAAAAUUACUAGUAGGUUUCCAAAGGACACUGCUUAUGUGCUGCUAUACAAAAAACAGAGUAGUAGUAGUGGUUUCAAUGCCAAUUCAGCAAAUGGACUCUGGGUGAAUGGAGAUCCUCCUCUGCAGAAAGAGCUUAUGGAUGCUAUUACAAAAGAUAAUAAACUGUAUUUACAGGAACAAGAACUUAGUGCUCGGACACAAGCACUACAAGCAGCCUCUGCCACAUGUUCUUUUCGACCCAAUGGAUUUGAUGACAAUGAUCCCCCAGGAAGCUGUGGACCGACCGGUGGUGGGGGUGGGGGAGGAUUCAGUACUGUUGGUAGACUAGUGUUUUGAGGAAGAUCUGCACUGGUUCCAAAACCGCUCCCACUACUGUGUAGGACUAUAAACCACUGAACUGCUUAAAAUAUACCAAGCUUUUGUUUUUGAGACCUGAUCCUUAUUCAGUUAACUGUUAAUUUUUUUUUGGUUUUGUUUGGUUUUAUCUGAAAUAAGUCCAUCAUGGGAAAAAACUACCUCUUAAAUCCAGUUGUUUUACUAGCAAGAUGUGUUUGGCCAAAAGAGAGAGAAUUAAAAAAUGACUUGUAUGUGAUCCCUAAUGAUGCUGCAUAAAAUCUAAUUAAUGCAGUUAAAUCAGUUUACACCAUCCCAAUUCACUGAAUAAAGGAAGAGUUCAUUCAUAUUCUUGUAAAAGACAUAUGGAAUGAAUUCAGGUGGGCAUAAUUGCAUACUUUUUUCCUUCAAGUCUGAAAAUCCUUAAUGGUAGCAGAGAUGAUGCACCCUUAUAAUGAAGGCAAUAACUGAAAUUGUAAAACAUGACCUGCUAUAGUACUUUCCAGGAUAACAGUUAUUCAGAUUCAGUAUGUUUGCAUUUUGAGUACAAAUGUAAAAAGUCAUUUAUACACAUUUGCUAAAUCAUUUUCAAGAAAUGUGCAUGGUCUUGUAGGAACCAAGUUUUUAACUAGAAAUUGCUAAAUUUGUAGUAUUUCUAAUUGUUUUGCGGAUUUUUAAAUUAUUGCAGGAAGUAUAUCUGCUCUGUAUUUGAAAGGAGGAGGUUGUGUAUGUGCCUUGCAGUACUGUAACUUAAAUACAAAACUUUCUGAGGCUGUAAAAGGGUUAAAGAACAAUGUUAGAAAUUGUUGUUAAUAUUAGAAAUUAAUACAUUUUGGAAAGUUAUUAAAUUUUCCAGAAGUAAAAUCUGAUGGUUCUAAAAUUCUCCUGUUGUCAUUAUUUACAGUUCAGUAGGGGCAUUUUUUUAUUUGCAACUUCUCUGGCCUGCAUUAAGAAACUGAUCACAAACACUGAUCCAUAGUUGCAAAGCUCUAAAUGUUUUGUUCAAAAAACAGCUGAGCUGAUGCCUACCAAGUUGGGUUAAGGAUUGUCUUGACUUCCCAGCAUCGAGAUUGCUGGACAAGUGUGCUGACUCUAAAAGAAAACAAUCAGAACUUUAUGCCGUGGAAGACUAUCACUAGUGGUGAUGCCUAUGCGCUGUCCCUCUUAGGCACUUUGAGCCUCUCCAAGGAACAUGUGAAGACCCUUUCCUUAUUCCAAUGACGUACUGACUGCUUGGCUGUGCUGAGCCAUGUGGUAAUCUCAAGUCUUAUGGCCCCAUCUUUUUAGUGAUUUUGAAACCAAAAGAUUGAUUACAUGGCCACAAGGGACCAUUGUUUUUAUCUACUCAGACCUUGUAUAUCGUACAGGAGAUAGAACUUUCCAGAAAGAGACCCUGAGCAGUUAAUCUUCAUCAAUACAGAGAUGUUCCAAAAGUCAUCUCCUGGGUAAGUCUUCCAGCUUUCUGAAAAGACGGAUAUAGAUUAAGAUGUUCAGGAAUGAUCACUGCCACCUUUUUAUUGACAAUCUGUGAGGUAUUUUGUACUGCACCUAAAAUGUUCUUGGCAUCUUCUAGUCAACCAAGAAUUUUCCCUUUUAAUUCCCCCUUCCCUUGUGCUUCUAUCUAAAAGAAGAUUGGACUUAGGCAAGAUAUCUGUGUCUGGAGACAGAAGCAGAGUAAUCAGUUCUCUUGUGGAUCAUGCUAGCAGGGUGCCUCUGGGUUCACUGCUGUUUAAAGAGAAGUUGAUUAAAAGGGUUUUUGUUCUAAUACUGGAACCUGUCGCAAUUCAGAAAUCUUUUUAAAUGAAGACUACUGUAUUGGUGCCUUAGGCCCAGAUCCCCAAAAGCAUGUGCUCUCCCAUUUUGCAUUGAUAUCAGUGGAAGGUAGAAGCCUAACUACCUUUUUGGAUCUCUGCCUUUAACAUCUAUCCUGAUUAUUUGGAGGUAAUGUGUAAAUCUAAUCUAAAUUCAGGUGGUAGAAAGUGCAGUAGGAUCCAUUUAACUAAUAUCUCACCAUGGCUUAAUUAGCGGGGCCAUCUUGGUUCCCUUGCAAGAGACGACUCUUGCAGAGUUUUGAAUUAGCAGAUAGUUCAAUGGAUUUGCUGAAUCUAGCACAUGGAUUCAGCAGCAGCCAAAGCCC